AUGGCAAGAGAUUACCUUGCAAUUCAAGGCUCUUCAACACCGUCAGAACGGGCCUUCUCAAGCAGCGGCAUGACGGAUGACAGUCGACGCAACCAGCUUACACCCCAGGUCUUCGAGGCAUUGCAAUUGUUAAAAAGUGCCUACCAUAAUAAGCAUGUACAAGCUGCAACUGAUGCAGCAGUGCAUGUUGAGCUUGAUGCUAGUGUUGAGAAUGCUGACCUUUAUCUUAGUGACACACUCGGAGAUGUUUUGGGAUCUGGUUCAUACGCUGUUGUGUACCACGCUCGGAACAUCAUCAAAGAUGAUGCAGUUGCCAUAAAACUCAAAUCUAUCACAGCCCAGCCAUCUUCUGUACAGCACGAAUACGCCAUUCUGAAACGACUUGAAGGUGGAGUUGGGAUACCCUGCGCUCUCUGGUUUGGUCGAGAAUCAACAUAUUAUGCUUUGGUUCUUGGCCUCCUUGGGCCAUCACUGCAUGAUCUUUUCUUCACACAUGAUCGAAAAUUUAGCCUUCAUACUGUUGUCAAUCUAGGAAUCCAACUGCUCUCACUUCUUGAGUACAUCCACUUGAACAAUUAUGUUCACUGUGAUAUCAAACUGCAGAAUGUCUUGGUGGGCCUUGGCCAUUUGAAGCACACUGCAUUUAUAAUCGAUUUUGGUAUCGCGAAGGAAUACUGGGACACUGCAACCAGAGUCCAUAUUCCCUUUCAUCAAAAUCAAUGUCUCACUGGCACUCCUGCCUUCGCUUCAAUCAACAACCACUUAGGAGUUGACCCAGGUCAUCGUGACAACCUUGAAUCGCUUACAUACAUGUUGAUCUAUCUGUUAUGCAGCUCCCUUCCAUGGUUAAAUAGUGACCAUGAGAAACUCUCCAGCUCUUCCAUACUCGAGCACAAGGUCAACACCACCAUUGAAGUCUUAUGUGAUGGAAUUCCCAUCAAAUUUGCAAGUGUUCUCAUCUACACGCGCUCUCUUGCGUUCUUGGAAGACCCUGACUAUGGGCAUCUUCGUUCAUUGCUUUGUGAUCUUCAAGCCACCUUGGCUGCGCCAUCUACAUGCUUGCUGGAUUUCAGCAUUCCCGAUAAUCACAUCACACAUCACCCUCCAAUCUCCAAUGAACACUGGAUGGCCGAGGUGGCCCCAUGUCUGCCGGAUGCAACACCACUUCGCAGAUCUACUCAUGUUGACCGUCAAACCACCCACCCUGACAACCAUGGCAAAUCCUCUGCAAACAUGAGAUGUCCCUUUCACUGGAUGUCCUUGCUAUAUCGCAAUCUGGCUUCUGGACAGCCAGUUGACUCUGAGGAUGGUACAUCAGAACGCACAUCUUAUGGUAUUGGUAUCCCUCUCAUUGGCCUUGCACCUGGUACCAAAUUUCCACGACAUCCUGCUAUGGUUGUGGUUUGUCCAACAAAAGUUCUCGAGGAGGAGAUGGCAGAAAAGAUGAUCAAAGCAGGACUCACUGCCCUUGCUAUCAAUGCUGACAUGCUCAAUGUGGCUCGAAAGAAAGUGUUGAACUUGUUCAAGGAAGCUCUUGAAGGAUAUCAUGUUCUGCUCAUGUCACCAGAGCUAUUAAAGUCAUCUGGAUUUGCCAGUGUCUUAGAUAGUCCAAAAUUCAGUUCACGGAUAUGCAUGCUAGCAGUUGACGAGGUUCACCUUGUUGUGACCUGGGGAAAAUCCUUUCGAAAAGAUUACGAGCAGAUCGGUGUCGUCCGUUCACGGCUGCGAAACAUAGUGCCAAUGAUUGGUGUGUCUGUCACUGUCCGCACAGGCGCAACAACCCAAUGA